CAAUUCCAUGUAAUCUAAUGCCAUCCAAACCAAUUUGGUUCAUUCUCCGUAAACAAGAAUUGAUUCAGAUUCGAUUAGGUAUCCAUGGUGAUGGAUUAUUUUGCCAUUCCUAUAUUUAGGAAAUGGGUGACAAACAUUAGCCUUGUUGACCAUAAAUAAAAUACGAUAGCAGACAAUCCCAUACGAGAUUAUAAUUAAUUAUAUAUGACAAAUACAAAAGAGGUGGUUUUGGAAUGACAAAAAUGGUUCUAAAAAUAAACAAAUCGGAUGACAAAAUUGUCUCCAAGGUGCUGUCCCUUAUAUAUUUUAUUAAAAAACCAAAUUUGCCUAGGAACAACCGAACAAGUGAACAUCAUUUUCUUAUUUUGAAUACUUUUCAUUUUUUGUUGUGACCAAAUACGUGAUAUCAUCUUCAUCUGGUAUUUUAUAUAAACUUUAUGUUGAGAAUCUACUGAAUUUAAUCACUUGAUGAGAAGAUAUUCAAAGUAUUCUAUGGUUUUCUUUUUAUAUGAUUAUCAAACGAAAAUGGACCUAUAAAAUUGAAAUUUUCACAAGCUAUCAUGCUACUUAUAACUCUAGUUUGACCCUAAAUUCGAACAUAGUGGUCGUUUGGUAUUUGUGAUUGUUAGAGUUGUGUUUAUUCAAUACAUGCAUUGUCCACAAUACAAUGUUUGGAAGUGUCAAAAUGUAAAACCAUGCAUGUAUCGUUUUAGGUAGGUCCCACAAACAAUCACAAAAAAUGAUGCAUUAUACAAUCUCAACUAAAAGUUGAGAUUGUUGAAAUGGUUGAUUUUAGAUUUGUGUACCCUUUUUGUUUCCAUUUAUAUCCUUAUUAAUUUUUGUCUUAUACUAAAAGUUGAGGAUAAAUGUGACAUUUUCACAUAAAAUAACUUUAUGUUAGUCAAUACAUAAAGUAGAAUCUCAUCAGCCAAACAAUAUAUUAUUAAAAUGUAUCCAUUAUACCACUACAUGUAUUUAAGUUUGACCUUAAAUUCGAACAUAGAUACAUGACCGAUAAUCUCACUGCCUUUUUUGUAGUGAGAGAUCUCAUAUGUUCACAACCAAUCCAGUGACGCAUUAAUUACUAAACACAUAAUGAGAAAUUUUACAAUGUUAUACAGUAUUGGUGCUAUAGGAUUUCGUCUUUAUGGUACAACUUAAAAUUGCACAUUUAUGUUAUGGUACAACUUCAAAUUGUACCUAUACUUUUUGUACAAAUUCUUUUAUGGUACAACUUGAACUUGUACUUUUAUGUGAUGGGACAACUUCAAGUUGUAAAGUUGUACCAUAACAUAAUGGUACAAAUUUGUUUUAUGGUACAACCUAAACUUAUACAUUUAAUGUUAUGGUACAACUUUAAGUUGUACAUUAAAGCACCAAUACUAUAUAGCAUAGUAGAAGUGCUCAACACAUAAUAGCAACAGUAAUUAACUAGAGUUAUUUUGUUAAAACAUAACAGCUAUAACCGGCCACGGCACCACACAACAUAUAUUUCGCUAAAACCGGGGUGUUGAACGAUUCAACCAAAUGAUAGCUAUAUAUAUACAUGCAUCUUCGCAACACAAACUAACAAAGUAUAGGAUCCAUCACAUCUUACUUUCAGCCAAGAAGAAAAGUGAGGAAUGAUAAAAAUAAUUGCUACAGCUAGCUAGCUAGCUCUAGGCAUUGCCACAUGAUGAUGAAGAUGAACGCCACAGCCAUCGCUUUGCUGGUCCUCAUGAUGUUGUUCUCCGUCGACGAUGGCCGUCGUUUCGUCGCCGCCGAUGAGUACGGCAAGUGCACUCUUUGGUGCUUGCAGAACUUCCGUCAGAUCAUCGACGCAAACGUGAUACCGGUGUUUUGCGAUCGUCUUUGUAUGGCACGAACACAAGGCAUCGGAAACGAAGAUGCUAUCUACGCCGAGAUUUGAAACAAGGAUACGUACGUAGGAGAUUAUAGGAAUAGAGAUGAUGAGCAUAUGUGGCUUUUUUUCAAUGAAUAAAGAGAGAGAAAGACAGGGAGGGAGAUCAGCAGCUAGAGAGAGAGAGUUUUAGUUUUGUAUUUGAUGAGUUUGUUCAGAUUGAUGAUGCCUGCCGGCCGGGGACUAUAAUGUUUGUAUGAUUAUGAUGGAAACUAAGCUCUCCAUUGAUUGGAGAGAUUAGUUUGCACAAUCCAUUGAUUAAGUUCCUUCACAUUGAUCGAUGCAAACUCCUAACCACCAUUGUUAGUAUAUAUAACUUAGUUUGAUACUCGUAUUAAAAUUGUUCAAAGCUCAUGUUUUUUUUUUUACUAUUGUAGAGUGGUAUGGUUUUUGUUCCAUUUAUUUGAUUGAACAUUCACUCGUAAAGGAUCUUGAAUAUUUAAACUUAUUGUUAGGCUAAAAUGAUGUGUGUAUGUGUAUUGAUAUGAUACCAUAACCUAAUUUUCAAAUUAGGUUACCUUAAGUUUGCUUGGUAACAAAAUCCAUAAAGUUUUAUAUAUGGUAGUAACACAAAUCCCUAUAAAUGUUGAAUUUCUUCAUAAUCAAUGAAAUUGCAUAGAUAAGAAAAGCACAAAAAAGAACAUGAAGCUGAAUUAAACUCCAUUAUUAAAAAAAAACUCAAUUUUCAUUUGAAGGCAAGUAAGUUAUUAAUUUAGAAGUUAUCUUAAGGAUAUUCAUUCCAUGUAUAACUCAACAAUAAACAGUACAUUAAUAUCUCUUUUAGGUUACAAAGAGAGAGACUCUAUAUAAUGGAAACUCAUCAUGGGAUACAAGCAAUUGACAAAUAUACAUUAGCAAAUAGUUGUCUGCAGGCUAGGACGACAUUACAAAAGCCAUAACAAUGAAAAGCAACGCUUCCACCAUUGCCAUAGUUUUGCUAGUCGUCUUCGUAUUAUUCUCUGCCGAUAAUCGUUUCUGUGCUGCGAAUGAGCACGAUGGAUGUGUAAAUCGGUGCAUGCAAAAACUUUACGGGAUUGAUCCAAUUUUUAAAUGGGAAUAUUGUAAUGGAGUUUGUAGCGGUAACAGCAAACUAGCCGCAACAAAUCCUUCCUUUGUCCAAAAGCUCAAAAACGAUGAUCAUGCUUCGACGAUAAUGACGACUCAGCAUUAACAAAGUCAUCUUGUAAUGGGGAGUUGCAAGGAUUAAGUGGAUGAUAUUUUGUUAAGAAUAAAUAAAUUAAUAUUAUUACUGUAUUGUUAUGGUUUGAUAACGAUUACAACAUCGUCUUCAUGUACACUUUAUUUUCGUUCUUUGAUUAAAUAAUUGAAAUUCAAUGAAUAUCAAUGAGAUUUGCACAUAUAUCAAUCGUGUUCAUUGGUGCAUUAAAAAUAUCAAAAUUAUUGCUGCCCUGUAUUUGUUUUGUGUACUAGUAUUUUUGUCACUAUCCCUCUUAAAGUUUCAAGCGAGGACAACAUACAUUCUUGAUAACUUCAACUUUUCAUCAAAAAGGUAACAAUUUUACAUAAUUAAUCAACUCAUAGAUAACUUAUUUGAAUAUUCAUAAUAAAAAGAAAAAACUAUGUAAUAAUGAACUCUUUCAUGAGCGUUCACAGCAUAGCGAGAUAAAAAAAAAAUGAGACAUAUAUAUGUCCUCUGAGAAAGGUGUUGGUUUAGCAAGCAAUAUACACAGAUCAUCAAACAACCUAUCUAGCUAGCAAGCACAAGGAAGAUGGUUGAGCAACAUAUCUACCAUAACUCAACUUUUAUUUACCUUGGUUUGAAACAAUCUACCACCAUUUGAAUUUUAGUUUCAAAUUUCCUCAAAAGUUUCGACUCAUUGAAUUUUAGUUUCAAAUUUCAUUAAAAGUUUCAAAUAAGCAGGUUUUCAUUUUCCGAUUCUCGAUUUUUGUAAGUUUCGACUAAACAGAUUUCAUUUUCAGAUUCUCAAAAUUGGUUUCUCAAAAGUUAGAAAAUAGUAACUCCGUUUACUUUAACUAGUUUUGUGUCCAUCCCAUAAAUUCAAUAGUGAAAUUUUCUAUAUAUCCGAGAUAGCAAUGACAACAGAAGAGAGGCAGAGCAAGUUCCAAUAGUGAAAUUUCCUUCCAAAAUCCAAAACUGCAUCACCUUAUAAGUCAUUAGAUGUAGUGAUGUACAGUGCCCAACAUUGCUAAAAUUACUUAAGCACGUGAUUUGACUUAGUUUGAUACUCGUAUACGCAUUAAACAUGUUUACAUUCAAGCUCCUGUUUUUUGUACUAUUGUAGAAUAGUUUGAUUUUUGUUUCAUUUGUUUGAUUGAUCAUUCACUAAUAAAUGAUCUCGAAUCUUUAAACAUAUUGUCAGAUUAAAAUAUCUGUAAAUUGGCUUUGGUUGGUAGGAAAAUCCAUAGAAUUUUAUAUAUGGCAGUAACACAAAUCCCUAUAAUGUUGAAUUUCUUCACAAUCAAUGAAAUUGCAUAUAUAAGAAAGCACAAAAAAAAAACAUGAAGCUGAUGUACAUGGAAGCUUUUUUUGAAAGAUAUAUAAAUGGAGCUCGUAGGCAUAAAGAAACUUCAAAGCCAAUUUGGUUAAAAAAACACCAUACACAAAAGCUAUAUACUGUAUACAAACAAAAAAUUGUACUACGAAAGCCAGAUUGCUAUAUCCAGGAAUCUGGAAAAUACAAUGAAGAUCAACGCCACUGCCAUAGCUUUGCUGGUUCUCGUGUUAUUCUCUGUUGAGGCACUGCCAUAGCUUUGCUGGUUCUCGUGUUAUUCUCUGUUGAGGAUGGUCGUCGUUUCUGUGUUGCGGAAGAGUAUGCCAAGUGUAUUCUCUGGUGUGUACAAAAAUUUCGUCAAAUUAUCGACCCACACAUUAUGCUGGUGUUUUGUGACCGUCUUUGUAGAGCGAGAGUAGGAGGACCACCCCCGACGAUGAUGACUCUUUCAAGCAAAAUCUCGGAUAGUGCAUCACAGAUCAAGCAAGGUGAAAUCAAAAUUUAGAUGUGAUAUAUGUAAGAAAUUAUACAAAAUGAAUACAUGGGUCUCUCAUAACAUCGUUAUGUUAUUGAGGUCAAAUGAUUUGUGACAUAAUAAAGGUAACACGAAUCCAAAUUAGAUCAAACAACUUAACUUUAUCUAAAUUCAGGCAUUUUUUUUUUGUCAAAGAAUACAUGAAAUUUUAUCUAUGAAUUUGAUAUAUAUAUGGAGUUGAAUUAAACUCCAUUGUCAACUCCAUUAUUGGGAAACAAAUCUCAAUAUCCAUUUGAAGGCAAGUAACUCAUUAAGACGCUAUCUCAAGGAUAUUUAUUCCAUGUAUAACUCAAAGACAAACCGUAAAUUAAUAUCUCCUUUAGGUUACCAAGAGAGAGAGACUCUAUAUAAUGGGGGAAUUCAUCAUGGGAUACAAGAAAUUGAUAAAAUUACACAUUAACAAAAGCUAUAUAUAACAAUGAAAAGCAACGCCGCCACUAUUGCCAUAGUUUUGCUAGCCGUCCUAGUAUUAUUCUCUCCCAACAAUCAUUUCUGUGCUGCAACAAUGUAUGUGUAAAUCGGUGCAUGCAAAAAUUAUACUGUAAUGCCGUUUGUAUCGGUAACAAUAAACUAGCCGCAACCGAUCCUUUCUUUGUCCAGGAGCUCAAAGAUGAUGAUCAUUCUUGCACGACGACGACUCAACAUUAACAAAGUCACCAUAUCAUGGGGGAGUUGCAAGGAUUAAGCGGAUGAUAUUUUUUUUAAGAAUAAAUGGAUUAAUAUUAUUAUGGUAUUAUGUCAUUAUUUGAUAUACACUUUAUUUAUGUGUCAUGAUUAACGAAUUUAAAUUUAAUGAGAUUGUUGUCCAUGAGUAUGUAAAAAUUAAGCAUGAUGAUUGAAGCUCCCACAACCAUUGGUCCUUAGGAUAUUUUUCUAUGUAGUGAUGUUAUAUAUUAGUCAAUGUUUCUAUAUUACAUAUCGAAUAUGUCACGUGCGUUCUUUUAGUCAAAUAACUAAUGCAUAUAUCUUUCAAAAAAAAAAAAAAAAAACUAACGCAGAUAUAUGUAUGUGUCUCAAGUGUUUUUGUGGCAAUUCCUGUAAAGCGUGAGUAGAAGUGCCACCUGACGAUAACGACAACUUCUUCUUAACGUCUACUUUUCGUAUACAAAUUUUGAAUGUUCAAUUCUCCGAUACAUGGACUUUUUUGGUUAAAAAUAAAUCCAUAAAACUUUGAUCUAUGAAUUUGAUUUAUAUGGAAAUGAAUCAAACUCAAUUGUCAACCUCAUUAUUGAAAAUAAAAAAACUAAAUUGUCAUUGAAGGCAAAUUAUCCCAAACACUCACUCUUGGAUAUUCAUUCCAUGUAUUACAUCGUAUACUUAUUCUAUUCACAUCAACUAUUUGAUAUUAAUGAGAUUGUCAACCAUGAAUAUGAAAAAUAUGAUAAGAUUGAAGGCAAACGACAUCUAUAUUGGUUCCGUGAUAAUAUUCUCUGUCGAUAUUUCCACUUUCCAGGUUAUAGAGAUAAUAUACCAAGCAUGUUCAU